AUGGCACCGACUACUCGGAGAUCCAAGCGAACCGUGCCCGGCGAUGUUGAAGUCAUCAGUAUCGACAGCGAUGAUUCCGAUAAAAUUGAAGGUGGAAAUAAUGCGCCCCAGCCAUCUUCGUCCACUUCUCUCGGCCCUCGCCUUCGCGAACCCUCAGGCCUCGACUCUACCCGCACCAGCGCUGGUGAUGUUCUUGGACUCACCCUGGAACUCUCUCCGUUGGAGCAAAGUGCGCCACGGCGCUACAUCCGCAUCGCUAUGAUGCUGCCCUGGACUCAGCACGAAAGCUUCCUUGGCAUGCAGCUGCGAGAGGUGUACAAGUUUGUUAGCGAGGCUUUUUACAAGACUUUACAGAACUGGCCGUUUCUCGGAGGCUGCUUUUGCCCAUCCAACCAGGAUCCUACCAAGUUGCAGCUCAGAUAUCCAGAGACCCUGGAUCAAAGAGAACUUGCUCGCUUAGUCCGAAUCCAGGAGCCGGCUGAGAAGGAUGCCAUAUUCCGUGGGAAUUUCUAUCGCCUGCCUAUGAAGAACUUUGGCAAGGAACGCUUUGUCUGGGAGAAUGAUCCUGGACAUGGGGAUUGGUUCCCCCCUGUUACAGUCAAGAUCAGUUUCGUUGACAGCGCCAUCGUCCUUGGGUUUGCUUUCAGUGAGGUCAUCUUCGACGGGGAGUUUCUACAAAACUUCUUCACUCAGUUCACGAGAAAUACACACGACGUUGACGGCAAAUCCUUCCGAGUUGAUCACCGUUCUCUCCCCGAAGCAACCGAUUCCAAAGUAGACGUGGAAUUAUUCCCUUUCUAUGAUUGGAGUUCCGGUCUUCUCGAACGCCAAACGCCCCGAAGGAGACUAAGAUGCCAAGUCCUCACGAUCGAAUCGCGCACGAUUCAGGAUUUGUAUGGCAUGGUACAGGAGGUCAUCAGUACAGAAAAGACUGGAGGCGUGGCCCUGUACGAGGACUGUGUUCUCGCUCUCUUCUGGGUGGCCAUCAUGCGUGCUCGCUUUCAGAAUGGGACGUUUGGCCCUCGGGACCUGGGUCGUGUCAACUACUAUACACCCGGAGCUCGGCACACCCGAAACCCGCGACGAGUUGACCCUCAAUAUUGCGGCAACUCAACCAUCACCCCCGUCGCUGCGUGUUCAGCUGCUGAACUGAUCCGAGCCACCGAUGACCCUCAUGAUGGCCUCCCUCGGAUAAUGCGCCCCGAGGACCUCGCUCUCGCAGCACAACUCCUGCGGGCCGCACUGCAAGAGUUCACCGCCCAUCAUCUUCGUCACCUUACGGCCCUCAAGGAGAUGAGAGAUGUAACUGAGGAGAGAAUUGCCUAUGAAAGAGCACUCAGACGCCACACAGAUAGUCUUGCUUUUGAGGACUGGACUUACUACGGUACAAACCAUGCCCCUCACAUCCCUUAUGUUGAGGACGACCAGUCAUUUUUCUUUCCGUGCUACGAUCACAUGCAGGAAGGAACCGUCAUCCUACUGCCACGAAAGGGACAGUAUUGGGGGAAUGAGGAUUGGAAUGUCUGCGUGUGUCUAGACGAGGAUGACCUGGACUUGCUUUUGCAUAAUCUAGAUUGGGAGGGCUGGUGGAAACCCAUUAAUUAA